CGGUGUCAAAGAAGUUGUGUGAGUGACAAGCGCUCGAAGCUCGGUGGAACCAGUUUGUUGUGCUGGCUGGAACCUUUCCCUCCCUUACUGCAGUGACUUGCUGUCGUUCCUCCUCUUAGGUGUUCCUUCAACUUCUGCGCCCGUCGCACUGCUUUACACGUGUUUUACAGAGAGUUGGCUUGAUCAUUCCCGGACAUUUUGGUUUUGGAGACCACCAACCCAAACGGAGGCGAGCGUUGGGAGCAUGGCCACCGACCAGGAGCCGUCAUUCACUGUCAAACUGGCCCAGUUGCUGCUCCUCUCCACCUACUGGGGAAUGCAGAUUUGGGUCACCUUCAUUUCAAGUUUCGUAAUGGACAACCAUCUGAACAGACACACUUACGGCUUCAUUCAAAGUCGCCUGGUCCCCUUCUACCUUCACCUGGGCUCGGCUUGCGCCUUCUUCAACCUCGCAAUCUUCACCGUAUACCAUCCCAGCGACCUGCUGGAUGAGCGAGAGGCCUUCCAAAUCUUCAUCUUCUUUGUGUCAGUGACUGUAGCAGCGGUCAACGCCCAGUGGUUCGGCCAGAUGACGUCGGAGAUCAUGGCCGACAUGCACCUGGUGGAGCAGGCUUGCGGCCUGGGUCAGGACAUCGGCCUGUCGUCCAACCGCGAGGCCUACGCCAAGCUUAGCCAAACGGACGCCAAGUACCGCCACCUGAGCGGGCGUCUGCAACUUUACCGGCUGCUGUCGUCGCUUUGCAAUUUGUGCUGCUUGGCUUGCAACUUCUGCAGCCUCAGCUACAUGGCCGGGAACCUUAGCACACUGUGAGGUAUUUUCUUUUAAACAUGCAAGCUUUAAGUUAACUAUUUAAUGUCCUUUUUUUCUGUCUUAUGUCUGAAUGUGUUUUAUAUACUGUUUUUUUUUGUUGCUGUAAGGUAUUGGUGCGUUUUAGUGGGAGUAAAAUUUUGUGGAUCUAAUCAGGUUUGGCCUGCAAUGCUCAGGGAAAGAUCAAGAAACUUGACGUCACUACUUAAAAGGUGGACUUUUUUGGAUGGACAGUAGUAGAGACGGAAAAUUAAAUCUUUACUUUGUCAUUUAUACUUGUAUGUUUUUUUUAUUUAAAAAUAAAUAAAUAAAGAAAAAAAUGUUCAACUUGUGAUUGUUUAAAAAAAGUUCUAACCUCAAGAUAAGUUGAUUAAGAUUCAAUAAAGCACAGCAAGCUGACAAAAAUUCCAAAUGGCUCAUCUUUUAAUUAGACAGGAACAAAUGUUGCAACAUCGGAAAGCGUUUUUGUAAAAAAAUACAGUAACAAAGCCAUACUUGAAUAAAAUUCUUACUUUUAAGCUAAAAUAAAAUUGAUAAAAACAAAACAUUUGUAUAAGACCUUUAAAAAAGUUACCUGCAAAAUACAACAAACAUUUUUUUUUCCAGCGGAGGGAUGUUCAGAUUAACGUGUAACAUAACAGCCCACCACAAACUCACUCAAAUUUUGUUGCACUAACUGACCAAGCUAAAAGUAAACUGCUCCUUUUGCACCCUCUCCCAAAGUUGUACCAGUGCAUGCGCAAAAAUGUGGUAACAGACUAAAAGAGUGCACAGAAAACACGACAUUGAAGGCAUCCAUGUUACAUUCCUUGUAAACAAAUCUGACGUAUGCGUCAGAAUCUAAAAAUGAAUUGAUCCGCAUUUUGAUCGACAACGACUUUGAUAACCGAUUAACCAUUUCGAGAUGUUUGACAAUCCAAAUCUUCAGAAUUUCAGCUGGCGGUUCAGGUAAACCAGUCAGAAAGUAACAGCUGGCUCUCAUGUGUGUCUUCAGUACAAUGUGUAUAAAAAUUUCAUAAAUAUUUUUCCCUUCAACACUUGGAAAUGCUA